UAUCCAAAUUUAUAGCUCUAGCUAGGGUUUCACAUAAAUUAAUUCAUGUGUGAUUGUCGGCAGGUGAGUGUUCCUCCGAGUAGUUUGUUCAAGACGGUGACGGUGAGAUGCGGACACUGUUCAAAUCUUUUGUCGGUCACUGUGAACAUGAGAACUCUUCUUCUUCCCUCCGUUUCCAACAUUGGCCAUUCCUUUAUACCUCCUCCUCCUCCUCCUCCCAAUCUUUUGGAGGAGAUGCGAAGCGGAGGGCAGAAUAUAAACAUGAACAUGAUGAUGAGCCAUCACGGUGCAGCUCACCACCCAAAUGAGUCCUUGGCUAUGGCGGCUCGCAACGGACUGCAGGAGAUGCCUCGGCCGCCACCAGCCAAUAGACCAGCCCCAGAGAAGCGACAAAGAGUACCAUCUGCUUACAACCGAUUCAUCAAGGAGGAGAUCCAACGUAUAAAGGCAGGCAACCCUGAUAUCAGCCACAGAGAAGCCUUCAGUGCUGCUGCCAAAAACUGGGCUCAUUUCCCUCACAUACACUUUGGUCUCAUGGCGGAUCAUCCACCCACGAAGAAGGCAAACGUGCGCCAACAACAGGAAGGAGAGGAUGGGAUGAUGGGAUCAAGAGAAGGGUUCUACGGGUCAGCUGCGAAUGUUGGGGUGACCAAUAACUAGCUAGCCUAGGACUUUCCGAUCCGAUCCAAGGGCAAUUCCAAAUCUUAAAUUAUAUUUAUAAUUAAGCUUCAAUGUGGUUAAUUUUCACUAGCUCAAAACAUAACUUUAUUAUGAUGAUGAUAUUGAUAUUUGAUCGAUUCAGGAGACUUUUUUUUCGUUU